GCACGAAAUGGCGACGAAGCUUCUGAAAACCAAUUUCCCAAAAUACCCCAAACAUACAAUUUCAGCACCCGCGAGAAAGUCUCUUGCAAGUUGCAACAACUAUAUGGCAUUUUAGACUUCCACGAGGGUGUUUCUGUCAAUCAAAGAACCUAAGAACCUGGUGGUUGCGUUUGGCGUCGACUCCGUCGCAGUCUUUACGUUUUCUUUGAACCCAUAAGAGAUCCCACUACUUCAUCUCUUCCAACCCGACCAGAAGAAAUUCCAGAGAGAGAGAGAGAGAAUGGAAGAUUGCAGGCCAUUAGGUUUCUUGCUGGGACUACCUUUUGCAUUGGUGGCAUUGAUUUUAUCACUGGUGGGUGCAGUUAUCUGGAUAUUUGGGUCUGUGCUGAGUUGUUUAUGCCCAUGUUGCAUAUGUUGUACUGGACUUGCGAAUAUGGCGGUGGGUCUUGUGAAGCUUCCUGUCAAAGUGCUUAGAUGGUUCAUUGAAAAGAUUCCUUGUUAGACUUCUUCUAUUCUUUUUUUCUUUCUGAUUCUUAAACUUAAUUGUUCAGAUAUUCAUAUAUAUAAUUGCUUUAUUAGUUUUUAAA